GAGGGGUUUUUGGAGUAAGAGGGGAGGUAGUUGUGCUUGGUGGUUUAGCUCACAUGUGCUUGAUGGUAUACACUAGAAGUGCAGCAACAACAAAGCUCCAAAGAUGAGCUCCAGAAAUCUCUCUUCUUCUGGGGAGGGGAAGAUCUGCAAUUUGUUUGCCUUAGCGAGGAGAAAUGUGGUCACAAAUACGUGCUUGCACUCGGGCUUUCCAGUGACUGGAAGUGCUGUGAUGGAAGCAAGCCAGAUCUUUGUGACACUCACCAGGAUGAGCACGUGCUCAGUGAGCCCAUCUUUGGUCUGCAGCGAGAGUUUAACCUUUUUGAUCUUUGUUUCUGAAGCUUUGUGAACCAGCAGCUCUGUGGAUGGUUGUCAGUGCAAGUGGAAGACGAUUCUCUUCUCUUUGGACAGUCUGUGCCUGGCACAGAGCAAUCCAAGAGCUGUGCCACCUGGCUGUGAAGCUGGCACUUUAAGAGAAGUUGGCCACUUGAAAUAAGCUAUGACUUCACACAUUUAGGGUCUAGCCAUAAAAUUAAUAUAUAUGUAUUAAAAAAAAAAGGCACAACAAUUUAAGGCUUGUUGAGCUUGGCAGAGAUUUCAAGCUAACUUUCAGGUCAAAAUCAUCUUGCACCCACACAAACAAUUAAGAAGAAAAUUAUCUGAAGUCUAUUUGCAUGAAUUACUCUGGAAACAAAUUUUACUCAAUACAGAAUGAAUUAUUCCACCGUAAAAUAGAUGGAGGUACUUCUUAGAAUAAACUACUUUGCAUCUUUUAUCUGUCAGCUCGCUCUUUUAAACUAUUAUUAUUACUUACUUGUCUCAGCCUGCCUACUGUUGUGUCCUUAAGUGCUCUGGAAUCAUCUUGCCUGGAUAUAGUCUUGCCUAUCUGUGUAUGCAAUGUAGUGUGUGUGUGUGUGUGUGUGUACACAUGUGUUUAGUGUAUAUGUUGUAUAUAGGUAUACCGAGUGUGUCUUUGUUGUAGCUCUGUCUCUGCAUCCUCUCUACUUUCCAGUGGAAGCUCAAGGCUUUUUCCUCCCUGCACUUCUGAGUUUUGGCCUAGCAGUAGUCACUGGGGUGGUGAGAUGACUUUGUUUUUCUUAUUUUGCAAUGAAAAGGGCAUUUGUGUCAGCAUUGCAGUGAAGCUGCAAAAAAUGAGAUGACCUCGGGGUAAUUGUAAGGGAGGGAAAUUGUAAGGCCCCAUAUAUGUUGCUUUAAAUAUAGGCCUGGGUGUGGGAUAAGCCCUCCUUUGCCAGGCAGGCAGCCAGGAUUAGCACUGCCAUUACAGUGUGGUUGAGAGCUGAAAGCCCAUUAGGCCUUAAGCAGGAGGAAGUCUGAUGCACAGCCCUGUGGCUGUGCCAGGUAUCCCUCGCUCCUGGGCAGAGCUGUGUGUAACGCUGGUACACUCCUGGUGGAGCAGCCCAUCCUCUCUAACCGUGCAUGGCACACCAUAUUUUUCAGACUUGCUUCUCUGAAAGCUCUGCCAAGAGGUCUGCCACAGAGGUAUCUCUGCUGCAGGGGCAGCCUCUGGAGUUGCAGGUGGUGUUACCAGCCCUGCCCCAGUAACAGUGAGCGCCUGCAGUCCCCUGGCAUGGCUGGAGCCUGCUGGGUCAGCACCUACAGCCCAUGGCCUCAGCACAGCAUGGCAUGGUGAGCAGUAGCAGCAGGGCACGGUGCUGCUGCUCUGCUCCCUGCCCUCUGUGCUCAAGGAUAAAGCCCUCCAAGUGGGUGAAACAAAGAAAAUGUGGCUGUACUGCUUCAUGAUGAAUCCUUUAAUGUGAAGGGAGGGGGGACCAAAGAGGAAGCAAUCUCCAACAGCCCCCUAUGUGUGGCCAGUCCUCGCUUCCAAUCACUCUUCACUCCAUGUAAGUAGUUCAAGUGAUUUACAUGGCUUAGUUGAGGGUGUCUUCAGUUGCCUUUCCCUUCCUAUGUUUUGGCCUUGGGCUACAGGCCUCCCUGAGAACCUUUCCUCCUGAUUUCAGAGCCCCAGCUCAAUCUGCUGUGUUGGUGUUGGCUUCUUCCCAGCGCUGCCAGUGCUGACUGUGCUUCUUAUUUAUCCCAUUGGACACCAUUAAAAUAAAAGUUCGGAAAUCAUUUUUAGGCUGUUCAGCAGAUUGGUGCUGUUUGUAUUUGAAGCUGUCGUGUUCUCACCCAUAUGCCAAGGUUUAAUUGGAGGCAAUAAUCUUUUGAGUUUAUUCUGACUUCAGGAAGGACUGAAGUCCUAUUUGAAACAGUUUUACUCUUCUAACUUUAUCUUUUUGUUCUUUUAUAUCUUUCUUUAUUUUUUUUUUCUUGGAGCAUCUGUUUCUGAAUGCAGACUGCCUGUGUUAGCUCCUCUGCCCACCUGGAUCCCCCCUCCUGCUGCUAGGGAUCACAGCUGCUCAGCGGGAUGGGGAAGGAGGGUUGCUUGAUAGAUCUCUUCCAUCUUUCAGCUGGCAGGAGGAUGGUGAUUCACCUCAUCAGCUUUGACUUGGAGCAUUUCUAUACCCCAGAUGUGCGUUCCCAGCAUUCUCUAGUUGGCUUCACUUCCUUGGAAGCAGAAGCUGUGGGGGAAUGUGAUAGAGACAUCCAAGUUCAGCAGCACAAGAGCUAUGUAAAUGUGACCGUGGUGAUGCUGGCUCAAGCUGAAUAUCCAGCUGUACUGCAUCAUGUGGAUUUAUGAGCCUGUGUCUCCACUAGCUCAUGAAUCCCUGCUCUUGAUCUGUUGCUUGAUGUAGGCACGCACAUCUUUGCAGAUGCCUGCGUUGAGGGGUCUGGGCUCAGACGGCUGAAACUUUCUGUACCUUACCAUUUCCAGCUCUGACUGGCAAAGAGCCCAGCAGCCAUGUCACAGGGAGCUUCUUCCACAGUGUCUCUUUCCCUUCACUGACUUGAUUUUUGAGUCAUUUCAGAAUUUUGAGCCCUCUGAGUUUUUGGAUGGACUGACCUGGUCUGCCUCUUUGAAGCAUCCUCCUAGGAAAAAAAAAAGUGGGCCACUGUGAACCUCAGAAUACAAAGGAGGAUGUGAAACUUCCAUCAUCUUAAUGCCAUGAAAUAAACUCUCAAGCAAGGCUUUUCUUAGGGACGCGUGCUUUGAAAGCGAUGAGCGACAUGAGAAAGCCCACAUGAGUGAUGAUGGAGUAACCUAAGUUAAUGAUGUUGAUACUGAGAUUGGCUCUUCUAGAUGAGCAGUAUUUCAGAAAACGUAAUCCAUCAGUUCCUGAUAAACCCUUACAUACAGUCUUGCUUUGUUCUGUUUCCAGGGUAAUCCCGGCUUGCUCAUAUUACAACUAUAAAGCUGGGCAUGCAAUAUUUUUAAUAAGUACUUAUAUCUUGGUUCAAUAAAAAGAUAUUUCAGAAUAAUUUGCACACUGCAGAGUCUAAUUUCAGUGUUCUGUUCCUCUUUCCUCAAGUCAGGUUACAAGAUGAGAGGAUGAGCUGCAGUUAAAACAGUGUUGUCAAGGAGAGCCAUCUAGAUAGGAGCUGAUGAGAUCUUGACUAAGCUUUUCAAGGCAGAGCUGUUUUGUCAGUCAGGUCCCUGUUUGUGUGCGUUGGAGGAGUGGCAUUAAAUUAACUGUUCUCCAUGACUUACGAAUGACACAUGCGUCUUAUCCUCAUGUCCUAUAGCUUGUUGCUAUAGAACUUGCCCAAACCAGUGGACAAUAGCAUGCUGACUAAACACCCUAUAAAUGACUUGUUUUAGGCAGCUUGUGCAAUAUGUGUAGCAAUUCAUGGCUCUGGAGUGUGCAUAGUACUUAAUAAACCUGAAGUAUUAAUAGCAGUGCAACGCUAGCUUUUUUCUUCCCAUGAAGCCUACUAAAGAUUAUUAUAUCUCUGAGGAUCAUGGACCAUAUUUCUGUAACAUUGGCUUAUAAUUUGUCCUAGAGCAAGACAUUAUGUGUUGCAUCUAAUUGCUAACAGAUGGGAAUGGGUGGAUGGGCCCUGGCACCUACUGAAGGAGUCGGCCCAUCCUUUGGCACAGUUUUGGUGCUUCCUGUGGCCGAGUGCCGCAGUGGCUGGCUGGGGAAGUACAGCCCAUGUGGUUGAAGUAUGUGGCAGAAGUACUGGUUGUCCCCUGAGCAACACGGUAUGUUUCAGAAAAGUGGAGAAAGGAGAAGAGAUGUGCUUUAAUCUGUGCUCUGUACAAAGCUUCCUGGCUACAGCCUCUGUGACAAAUUGUAUUUCACCUGCUGAAAGGAAACUGCUAUGCCAGUAGAAGUAUAUUUCUGUUAAUGGUAUUCAUGUCCUCAAAGUAGUACAGCUUCCUAAUCUAGACAAAGCCUGACGUGCUUGAAAUAAGGUGUUAUGGAAAAAAAAAAAAGACAGCAAACCAAAUAAACAAAGAAAAAUUCGGCCUCUGGCCUUGUUUCCAGCACCAGCCUCAUGCACUCCGUUGUUUCUUCUUUUCAGUGAACCAAUCUAUUUCCCACUGUAUUUUUAUGAGCCCCGUAACUUCUACAGGACAAGACAGGCAGGUGACCUGCAGUGUAGAGGGGAGUCCCUGUCCUAACCCAGGUGUGCUGUCAAUGAAGGAUGGCCAGUAAAAAGAAGUUAGUCUUAAUGUUUAAGUCCUCCUCUUCGAAAAGCGUCCUAGAGCCUAAGCCGCCAGCAGGGCUGUCAAGUCCCACUCAUUGCCUUUAAGCUUUCUGAAUAUAUUUAAUGAGGAAACAAAAACAACAGCUAGAGUUUUUAUUAUGGGUUGCCAGCAUAAAUAUUUAAAACAUCCCCUAUCUCAUUCCUCUAAUCCCGGAAAGAUUGCUUCUCCUAGAGACUGGAAGGCAGGUACUCAUGUUUGUAAAUAAAAGAUCGUCUCAGAGAUCAGAGAACUGUGUGUUUUACUGCACUCUGUGACUAAUUGAAAGAUAAUGCAGUAGAAAGGGAGGUGGGAGGAGGGGGACAAAAGAGAACAAGAGAGAAUACAUGUGCGCAAGUCAACCACAAGCCAUAUUUCCCUGCUGCCGGGGGCAUGGAAGGAGAGGGUAUAUAAAUGUGCGUUAGCUGAGAUGGAAUAAAGCCCCAAGACAAAGCUGUUUAUAACCUGUACCUUAAGUUAACCUCAGUGUAUCAGCAGUGGAGGUUAAGGUCUUAUUUUGCCCCGGUAAGUUUUAUUGAAGCUGCAAUAUGGCUUUGGUCAUGGACAUGCAAUAGGAAAUGCCAGUGUUGCUGGCUCAGCCAAGGGAACUUCAGCCUGCUGCAAGGUGCAGUGCUUUGAGUGAGGGGCUUUGCAGCUCUGCUGGGGCGGGCAAAGUGUGCAGGGCUCCGUUCUGGGAUCUGCUGGUGUGUGGUAACUUGUGGGGCUGCAGGAAUAGGAGAUCUUUCAUUUGCAUCCCAUUCCCUUGUCAGCUCUGUUUGCAUAAACUGAACAGCUUUCCAAGUGAAAGCUUCCUUUUCCCUUGUGAAGGUGAUAUUUAAUGUGAGCAGAUUGAGUGACUAGAAGGAAGUAGGCACAAUCAGAGCAGACCUCCAGUGAAGUGUGUUUUCAACCAGUGCUUUGCAGUAGAUGGCCUUGAUUUGCUCUGGGUCACGUGUUUUCUCCUAUGUGUAAACUGCGGCCUGCUGAUCAGACAGGAAAUGUUUGGGGCUGGAAAGCUUCCUGUGGUGUCCUGAUUCAUGUGAAAAUGAAGCUCCUUGUUGUUGCAAUCUUUCCUGGCAUAUCUUGUAGGGGUGUCCCCAGGGUUGGGAGCUAGCAAGUUGAGAGAGCUACGCUGCAGACGGCCUGCAGAGACUGCCGGGCUCUGUCCAAAGGAUGCUGCUCUGGCCAAGCAGAUGGUUGGCCUGAAAAAUAAAGCAGGGGCUUUGGGACGUUUCUCCAAAGAAAAGUGGGGAGAGAACUGAGUGAAAAGGAAUUUUAAAAGAUAGAUGAUGUGCAGAAUUCUUGCUCUCGGAGCAGGAGAGUUUUACUGAAAACAUAUGGGCUAUGGGCGAGAAAAGGUCACGAAUCGGAUACUGUAAAAGGUGUGAGGCUGGUGGCCAUCUCAGAUCUAGAAAAAGGCGCGUCCAUGCAGACUGGCAGGUGUAGGAUGACCAGGUUUGCUCCUUAAGGUGUACGAUCUGUAUCAGGUGCUCCUGUAGUAACCAGGGAGUGACCAGCUGCUCGGGGCUGACCAGGCCUGGUCUUCUCAGGCUCGCUCCACGUAGCAACCAAAUGCUGUGUGUCCCUAAUGAGCAGGGGGAGGGCUGGCCUGGUGGCCUGCGCAGCCUGUGGGGUGGGUGCUGCUGUCAGACAGGCAGCUAUCAGAUCUGCUCAGCUGAACGGCCCGUCCUGCCAGUUCUCGGUGGUGUUGCUGUUGUCCCCGUGUUUUCUCCUGCUGGAAGGAAGGCAGCAGGGUUGUGGGAUGCCAGCACAUUUCUCUGGCUUUGGCACCCAGUUAUGGCAGGUUAGGUGAACCUCCUUUUACAGUAGCUUUGUUCCGUGGUCACAUAUGGGCUUUAAGUUUAAAGCACUGCUGGUCUGAAUGAAGCCUCUGGCAGCUGUUGUGGCUCGCUGAGCUCCCUGAAGGAUGGCACGCUGGGCACAGGCCGAGGUCAGAGCACACACCAGCGAGGUGAGGGGGAGAUCUACAGACUCGUCCUUCUUCACAGUGUACCUCACCACCCCAUGUUUAGGGGCACGGCAUUGAUACACUCACAGAAGUCAGGUAUUUUGACCAGUUCCAGACAAGCUGGUAGAGAAGACCAGAGACCCAAUUGAAUAAACAUGGUCAGGAUUUCUGUAGUACUCAGCAGCUGCACCUGGGAAAACACCGAGAGCUGAUUUAGGAGUAGAGGCAUGGGAUGGGUUUGCUGCACUUCACAAGUCUUUAUUCCCUACUUUUCGGUUCCCCAUUGAAGGAUCCGACCCCUGCAUGAAAAAGUCGGUCGGACAGCGCUGGCAUAGAGCACUGGGCAAAAUCAAAGCAUUUACAACAUCUGUAUCUUUGAAGUGCCUGCUUAAUAGUGCCGUUGUCAUGCCGGUUGGAGGCAACACUUCUCUUUGCAAGUGAAAGGCUCAGCGGAGCUGGCUGAUAAGCGCUGGUGCCCCGCUGUGAAAUUGACCCUUUGAACUGGGAAGAAUCACUCCAGAUAAGCACGUAAUGGAAUUUUUAUCUGGUCUGGCUUUUUAUUGCAGCGCGUUAAGAGUUGCCAGUCUUUCUAUGCAGCAAAAGCAUUUUCUCCUUAGCUCUUGUAGGGGUGUGGAUCGCACAAUAGUCACAUUUUAAAGAUGCUGCUUGCAGGCUGGGAAGAAACAGCCACGUCAUGCCUUGCUCUUGCAGGAACAGAAAGGAAGCGAUGACAAUAUAACCUAAAUAACAAACGUAUGUUGAUUUAAGAGCUAAACCUGUGAAAGGCCAGGCUUCCGAAAUCCCAAGGGAAUAGAGGAGCAGCACGGAUAUUGGCAGUAUUGUUGAAGGACAGAUGAAAAGUUUUGUCACUCUUAUCUAUUAAAAAAAAAAAAAAAAAGGCUGGGAAAUGUUUCACAAACUUCUGUUUUCAUUUCGCUGUAGAAAUAAAGGUUCUCUUCUACAUUAAGACCCACAGGUUCAUUUGUCUAUAAAAAUAUAAUCUCUCAACAGCAUAACGUUUGCAAGCAGAGCACUGCUAAGCACUGUGUUUCUUCUGUAUCAGAGAGAAUCUGCUUUUGUUUAAAGCAGGGAUCAUACUCUUUGAGGUUCUCCUUUCUAAGCCAUAAAACAGAGCCGUUAGACUUUUGGUCUCAAAUCCUGGUACCAAAAGAGCAAAGCAGAGUACUUCAGGCUUGACCUGGUGCUGAGGUUUGCUGUGUGCCAUGGUCCCACCAGGCCGGGAAGCUGAGGCCUGGGUGCUCUGCAAAGGCUGCUGUUGUCCGAAGGGAGUGUUUGAAUGGUCACGGUGUGUCUGAGACCAGGACUGCUGCAUUGAGCACGUGCAAGCGGUUUGGCAAAACAGCCCUCGCUGGCAGGCAGCACGCAGAAUACAGCUGGUUUGAGUUUUGAAGCUUGAAACAACAACAGAAGAUACGGCUCUAUUAAAUACAUUGAUCCAAACGGAUCCAUCCUUUCACAGAAUAAAAGGAAGCUGGAAGGGUUGGCGUUGUGAAGCAGCGUGGGAAGGGAACGUUGCUGAGGGGGGAAUAUUGCUCUGAGUAAAAAUUCAUCGAGUUCAGGCUGACAUUUCUCAGUGUCACGUUUCCCCUUUGGCCUCCCUGAGAUACUGAUGGUGAAAAACCUCUCAAGUAGUUUUAUCCCACUUAAUUGCUCUUUAAAACGUGCUCUAUUCCUUGCUAGCAAUAUAGCACCACUGUGCUAUAUUAAUGAAUAUGUAAUUUAAAGAAGGACGGCAGGGGCUGACAUAUGGCAAAUACAUGCUUUAGUUCUGGUAAGCACAUGAUUUUGAAGAUAAACAAAGCUGUUUCCUUAUCCUCAGCAUGUACUUAUUUUGUUUUACUGAUAAUGAGAAAAAAUUAACACUGCUUAACAUGAUUGAAAACAGCAGUAUUCUGUGAGAUUAAUGUCUGUGUGAAUGACACUGAAAGCCUUUUUGCUUCUUUGUGUUUAAACUGAAGUUCACUUAUGUGUAAGACGUGUUAAAAAAAGAUCAUCCUAACUCCAAAAAGCAGUUUAAAAUCUCUCCAAUGAUGUUUUCUUUUCAAUCCUGUGGGGGUGUUGGAGUUCUUUUGGAAUUAUUUUUUAUUUUGCUUUUCAAAUCUGUGUGGCUUAGUAGUGUUUUUAUUAAAAAUUGGAUUCAUUUCUAUCAAAGAGUUUCCAAGUAAUAGAAGGCUGUUGUAGUGUUUUAUAAGAGAGACGUUUUACACUGAUGUCUGUAAUAAUGACUUCGAGCAUUCAGGUUGGGUUUAAUCAUAUUUCAAAAUUUUAUCAAGAAACUUUUGUAAGCCAAAAAAUUGAGAGAUGUAAGCCUAAAAAAUGAGAGAGGCAGCAGUUAUGCUGCUAUUAUACACGUUAUAGGGGUUUGAAAAAGUUAGCACAAGACUUCUCAGAACCCUGAGACUCCAUCUGCCCCGGCUGUGUUUCAUUUAGCAAUGUGAUUCUCUGAGACCAGUAGUUGGAGUGGCCAAACCCAUAUUGCAUUGCCCUGCGGUGUGCGCCCCACUGCACCUUUAAUAGAGAUGUUGUUCCUCUUUGGUCUGUUGUCUUUCUUUUUGUCUUCUUUUUUCUUUUUUUUCUUGUUCAAUGUGUCUGAAAUACCGUGCUGGCCAAUCUGAGUCAUGCUGUUGCCUCAGGAACCUGGGAUGUUGCACGCAUCGGGAUACUACAUGAAGGCAUACAUAUAUGCUGCAUGGUUCAGAGCCUCUUUGAGCCAGCGCUAGAGGACUGUGGAGGCUGGGGAAACUCAUACACAGCUCUCUGUUUUUUUGCCUCAUAUAGUAGAACAGUCUGUGGCUUUCCCAUAUCCUGCACACCAUGUCCAGGAGUGACAGUCAAAAACAUGCUGUGGAAUGUACACCUGUGGAACAGGGUAGGUGACUGCUAGGCUUGUGUCUUGGCUCUGUUCAGUGUCCUUCCUAUCAAAGGAGAGCUGAGAAACUCCAAAUGCCCCUUGGCUGUGGUGGUAGGCAGUACAUGGUACUGUCCCAAAGGGUGGAGCUACUGCAGCGCAUCUCAUUUAGGGCUCGUGGCAAAUGUCUGGCAGGUCCUCCUGAUCCUCCGUCAACGUGAGUGCCCUCCUAUGCCACACAGACAGCUGAAAGCUCUUUGCCCCCUUAUUACUAUGCUACAGUGUCCUCCUAUAAAGUGACCGUAUUGUGACCAGCACAGAAAAAGCUGUGGGUUGUUUUAUGCAUUGUCAUUGUUCUUCUGAUUAAUGAUGUCCCUCUGAUUUUUUCCAACACCUUUCGUAUGGGGGUUCUACUAGUUCCGCUCUUUGAAACAGAUGUGUAAUUACAACAUUAAUUAAAUCAAUUCCAGUGACCAAACUUGGCAUUCUGCUGUUCUGCUUUCAGCAGGGCCCAGCAGCAAGUGAGAGCCAGGUAUAGCAAAACAUGAUAGCUGGAAAAGUGGAUUCUUAUGCUGCAUUUGUCUUCCAGAGAAUAAAUGCACGUGUUGAUCAUUACCAACUGAGUUCCAAACGCUCAGAUCAAAAAAGACCUAUAUUUGUUGAUGUCUACGAGAUGCUGCUUUGUGGAUGAGUUGAGGCAGCAGUGCUGAAAGCAUUUCUGUGUUGUUACCACUUAAUCUUAAAACAUGUUUUCAGGUAGAAAAAAGAAAACACACACAAAAAACCAAACCCCCAAAACAAACCAAAAAUGGUUUCCCACAACAAUUUGAAUAGUGUAAUAUUAAUUGCUCCACUGUCAUUGUAAAAAGCUUUUCCUGCCUCCAUUUAAUAUUGUGUAAGUAGGGGAAUGCUGUUUGUAAUACCGUGUUGCACUAUUUUUUACAGUACUGUCAAAGUAGUCUUCAAAUAAUGAAUCUUUGCAAGACAAGGUAGUGUCAUCCCAUCUUUCAGGUGAGGAAAGCUGACAAAGAAUGUAUUGGUUCUGCUGAAGAUCUGUUAAGAGUUACACCGAAGCGAUACUAAAUCUUGAUCCAUACUCUGGCAUUUAAAUCUGUAUAAUUCACUCUGUUCGUAGCUGCUGUGUCUUUUAUUAUAUCUUCUCUAUCUGAUUUAUUAAUGCAGAAGCUUUGUUCUGUCUCGCAGAUCAGAAUUGAAGAGAUAAUGUGCAAGUACCUUGCUGGAAAACAGUGAAUUGAUUUGGUGAGGUGGUAGUGGAUACACUUAUUGCUGCUUGCAGUAACUAAAAAAACGUAGAGCUCGGCCUCAGAUAGUCAGUGUUGUCCCCAAAAAAACUAAUGCUCACUGUUCAAGCAGCUCAGUCUUUGUUGAGUCGGACCAUGUGCUUAAUUAUCACCCUGCUGUUCAGGGCAGAGACCGGCCUUCUAAAUGAUGGGAUUUGCUUUGGAUUCUCAUUGAAUGUUGUAUUCCAUAGCAUGACACAUGAUAUGCACUGCAGUGUGUCGUGCACCAUGAUGCUAAUCAACAUUCAAUACCAAAAGAAGAGAGCAGCUGCUCUGCAGUCAGCAUGUCUGAACAGUCCUGCUCGCAGCAGGAUAUCGCUUAAUUCACGCUAAUGGAUGAAAAACUGGCCCCAGAACACUUAUUUAAAUGAGGCUAAUGAUCAGGGAAGAAAUGCAAACUAGUUUUCAUUUAUUCAUAGAGACAGGUAUAAUUAUAUGCAAUAACUGGAUCCAAAAACUUGCUCUUCGGCGUUUAGUUGUUGAUAAUACAAAAUGUGAGUGGCUUGUUGCGCUGUUCGUCUCCUGUGAUGUUAAUAACUUCAUACAGAAGUUGAAGUAUGUAUGUUCUUAAAUUCUCAUUGAGAGAGUUGCAAGGCUUAAUGAGGAAAAGCUACAGAUAAUUGCACCUCCUGAACCUACCUCAAUCAUUUUCACUGUGCGGUAACGGAUCUCUGUUGAAAUCCACUGCUGGGAGAAUCAGCAUAUUGAUUCAGCUUCUUGCCCUUGCUGUGUUAACUCCACUGUCUUCUGUGGAUCAAAGAGAAAUCAAGAGGAGGCAACCUGUCCAUUGCAGUUGUGGCAGCUGAGUAAUAAGAUCGUAGUUAGGUACAGAGGUCUUAUUUUAGCAUCUAAACUGUAGAGGGCUACCCACCCUCUUCUAAUUCUCCCAGGAAUUCUUCCUCUUCCUUGUUAAUGAAAUCUGUCGCUCCUCUUGUAUGUGUGUCAUCUCAGUGGUGCAGCUGGUGCCACUUGAUCACUCACGCCUUGAAGAAUUAGUCAGCUAUGGUAGCUAUUGUAGUGUAAUGGUAUCAAGCAGGAGUUGAUCAAGCUGCAUUUUUAACAAGUCAUCAUCUACUGGGUGCUUUGGACAGUGCCAAGAACACACUUCUGAACCCAUGUUAUACUACAAGCUAGUCUUGGCUAUGCAGAUGUUCCCUAGUCUUCGUGGUGUUAUGUAAUGAAGAAGCAAAUCCAGAUCUCAUUUAGAAGGGGAAGGUGAGUAGCACUUGAGGCUCUGUGGUCUUAACACAGUGUCAGCCCGGGUUGGUAUGGGCUCUUGGUGUUUUCUGUGUUUUGACGUAGUGUGAACAGCCUAUGGGGUUUCACUCCCACUGGGCAAGGAAUUUUCUGGACCUUUGCAAUGGUAACUUGGUCUUGCCAAAUUUUAGAGAUUAUCCAUCUGAUCAGCAUGCUAGGAAUCAUUUGAGUACGGACUUCCUAAUCUAAUGGCACUCAAGUUUGUUUAGAAAGCACUUGUAGUACUCAAAACAAGGUUUGGAUUCCUCAUUUAGUAACUGAAUUCUUAUUAAUGGAAUUGUAGGUAGUGUAACUGGAUUGCCUUUUUAAGAAAAGCUUUUUUUUUUUUUUUCUUAAUAUCUCAUUCUGUUUAAUGAAUUCUGUUAAGGUCUUAUUUCUGGGAACAGAGCUUCUGCCUUUCAGGAAGUGUGUAUGGGACAUCUGCCAACUGCCCAAACCUGAAAAGUGAUCCUGAACCACACCUCCAUCCCUGCUUUUUGUUGGGAAAAAAAGCGUUUCUUGCUUUAAAAAUCACCUGGUGCAAAUUCGAGAGUCCCUUCAGAAGACUAGAGCUCUCAUCACAGUGCUGGAAGAAAGGUCCAGGGUGGCUGUCAAUAUAUUGCAUUCACGAAAACAAUGUAAUUAUCACUGACUCAUUACUUCUGUGUAUGAGGGAAGGAGAAUUAUGAAGGAGUACUGCUGAAGAGAAAGUAGAUGAUGACUGAGGAGGGAGGGAUGCAUGUGUGUAACACAAAAAUCCAAAGAUUACAUCAAGUUGGAGAGUUGUGUAUAUGGCUGUUGUGAAAUAUUUAUUCUCAUCUUUCUUCUGCUUACUAAUUGGCUGGGAGUUAAACUUGUCUCAGCAAUAAUUGGUGUAGACAAGAACUCAAGUCAGGAAAAUGUGAAAGUUUAAAGGUACUCAAUUGUCAAAAACCAACACUAAACAUGCAGCCAUACACUCAAGACUUUGUAUGGCCUCAGAACGUGUCAGUUGCUAACUCUCAGACCUGUACAAACAUUGUCUUGACAAAUCACCUGUCGGGUGUAUCUGGAGUCAUACGGCAGAUGUGACACUCAGAGGUUGUACUUAAUAAAACCUUGUUUGUCACAAGGUAGUGUUUUGCCUUGAAUUCAUAGUGCUAUCUCAAAUGCUUUCUUUCAAAACCUAUUUGAAAGAUACUAAAGCAUUAUGUAAUGGGUAGGUUGCAUAUUUUUCUGCUGUCUCGCCCUGAAAAUGAUUGAAUUCUUCCUUAGAAACUGCUGAAUUGAAGAAAUUAAUCUUGAACUAUCUUUGAGAAAGUGUCUCGACAUUUGAACAGAUUCCCUCCACCUCUGACUCAUAGCAGUCCCUCACUUCAUAGUGACUGAGUGUAAAUAUAUUUUUAAAUGGGGGUGGGGAGAUCCUGCUUAUUCUAGAAGCAUGCAUUGUCUGUGGUCAUAGUUUGCAUUGCCACUUGCUCACUUCUAUUACAUUCUGGUACUCUUUUUAAGCUAUGCAUUCCUCCUUCGCAGUAUAUGUCCUAAGGAAUCCAUCUUCCUAAGUAAGAAAGAAAAGCUGGGGCAUGUUGACAUGUCCAGGUGGGUGUAGCUUAAAGCUAGGUGGCUUCUAGCAAACUAUCAAGUGUCAGGUAAUGUCAAACAGUUGCUGUUUCAGCAGCUGACAGUACCAGAAGGACUUAAGAAUAAAUGGAUGUCUGUACAAAGGUCACUCAUGUCAAGGGUACCUGCUGAGUGUUCUUAAAACAAUCUUGACUUCACUGUAUACCACCUACACAAGGAUUUUCAUUACUGUGAAUAAAAUGUUUGUUCUGAAAAUAUGCUAUUCAUUCUUAAGACUGUGCUAAAUCUUUCUGUGAAAGUUAAGGACGUGUAUUGGAGGCUCCAGUCUUGUCUGUAUUAAUGUCAUGUUGGCGACGAGGUGAAGCUUGCUAUUUAGGGGACCUAAGACAAUUUUCCCUGUUGUAGUUACACAAUUAAGAGUCUUGUGCUUUGUGUGGAAGAUCUAAUGGCUGCUAGCAAAGGAACGUAAUUAACUUGAUUUCUUUUUGAGUAUUUGUUUAACUGAAAUCUUCACUAUUAUCCUGCUGAAAACCAGGUGUAACUUACAUCUUGAACAGACUUCUUGGACUUGAACCUCAAGUGUAAUCUACAUGAAGAGAGGGAAAAGAGUGCUUUUAAGUUUCCACCACCUGACCUGGCUAUGUGAAGGGAGUACUUGGAGAAGAAAUAUGACUCUUUCUAAUAAUGCCUUUCAACUCUGUCUCUGCUAGGUCUGGCUGAGCUUGUUGGUUUUUUUUUUUAACUGAUGUGGUGGCACUUUUGGCUAUUUUUGGCUGUUUUUUUUUUUUUUUUUCUCCUCAGUUCAUACCUGUGUAUCCACAAUCCUAGUGGAACCUGGCAGAGAGAAAUGCUGGUGAAGCGAUCUUCCCUGGCUUCUGUUUGAUGUGGUGUUGAUGUAUCAGUGUGGUUACAAUAGCUAGCUACUGACCAGGAGCAGGACCAUCCCUCUGCUUACCUCCUAUCCCUCCCUUAUGCUGACGAUUGCACUCAACUCAUCCUGCAGUAAAUCAGUUCUGGGAAAGAACUAAUUGUACUUCAGAGAAAAAAAAGAAAGAAAAAGGACAUAACCUUCUAAAUCAGCAGUCCUCAUAAUUAAGUGAAAAGCCCAUUUGAGUUUCCCAGUAAACAGGCUGAAUCAUAAUCCUCCUAGGAAAAGAGAAAGCAGGCGUAAACUCUGCAUGUUUACCCUAUAUCCUACUUGGUCAUGCAGUUAGAUUAAUGUUAGUAAGGUGAAGUUUGUACUAAGGGCAAACCCCUUCAGUAUUAACUUUUCUUGGCCAGGUCUGUAAACUGGGGGCUGUUUUGGUGCCUGUUUUAGGGCAAUGGGUUACAUCCCAGUAGUUCCACUGGAAGACAGGAUUGUGGGAUUGUUUUUUUCUUUAGCGAGGGGCCAGCUCAUAGAGAUUUAUAACACAUUCAGGAAAGACGUGGGAAUGAGGGGUAAAGGCUUCACAGCUCUCAUAGAAUGAACUUUAGAGAGAGGAUUUAGUCUUAUUUUUAAGCCAGCCACAACUUAAAGCAUGGGAACUCAUUGUACAACUAUGGAUUAGUGUUUGUAGAGCGGGAGUCACUGGGAUCCUGCCUAGCCCAUGGCAAGCCUUCUUAAGCACGAAGAAAAAGAAAUCUUAUAAAAAUCAAGAAAGUUGCAGUAACAGAAGCAAUGGCGUGAACUGGCAGGAUAGAAGAGCAAUGCAUGUCUGCAGAGGUGGAAGCCUGCCCAGCUUUGAGACAGAUGGUGCAGUAGUUUGCUCAGCAAGAAGUGAGAGGAUUGUUGCUAGCCUUUCCUGACUAUAAUAUGACGUAGUACUUACUGGUUGCUUCUUCUGUUCUUUAGACUGAAACACAUAUCUUUUUUUUUGGUGAUGACUUUCAGUAGGGUUGCAGGGCCUUUGGUCUUCACAGCCCAUACCUCUGGCAGUCUCUUCUUACUUACAACUGCUUUACUGAAAGCUAACAAAGGACGAAUGCGUUGUUACCCAUCAGACAUUCUUCAUGUUCUCCUUACAGGACUGCCUUCCUUGAGGAUGGCCUGUGAUUUUCAUUCUAUAAAAUAAGCUAAAGAGCAAAUCCAGUCAUUGUUUGUCCCAUGUGUCUGUGGUGUACUGUUUUAUAUAGGUCCCAGAAAAUGGCAACAUAGCACUGUGCUGGCUGGCUUCCUAAUUCAUUGACUGCUGGAUUUUCCUCCCUCCCCAGUUUUAAGCAAUGGGAGGUUACCGCUGACCUUUCCAAACUUCAUCUUCCAUUUAAAAUUGUUUUCUAUGGAGACAGCGCUGCAGCAGUGGUAGUAAUCCUCCAUAUCAAACUGUGCCUUCCCUUGGUCUCAAUCACCUGUUCUUCUCCAGAGUGUGGCUUCAAGGCAGCAGGCCACGCGUCACUGCAGCAUUUACUCAUCCACAAAAUCACACUCACUAAGAGCCCAAAGUUCAUUUUAAAAUAUGAGUUUGUCUCUUUGCACAGAUGCCUCCUGUGAUAAGCCACCUUCUAGCAGAAGAACCUCACCGAGUUUAUACCAUUUCCUUUUUAAUCUAAAUCAAUUUCCAAACCAAUUUAGAUGAAUUAUGACGGGUUCUUUGGAGGCAAGGCACGAGAAUAGAACUUGACACAGAUAAGAUUGAUAUCAUUCAUCAACCACAUAGGCUUUGGCAUAAUAGCUGGCUUAAAAGUACCUCAAUAAGCAAACAGUGCAUUAGCACCAGCUAUGCAACACCUUCCACAUUGCACAACGGUGUUUGUGCCGCUGUGUUAUUAAAAAGCCAGGCAGUGAUUCCACCCUGCGUCAGCUCAGCUACAGGCAAAGCGUUGCAGGCACAAGUUGUUGCAAGGCACUUGGUAAUGCCUCAUACAGCCUGGGAAACGGGGCGGCAAUUAGCUGGGGAUGCUGAUGCAGCUGAGAGGCCGGCUGGUACCCCAGGAGAGUGACACUGGCUGCAGCGGUGUCAGCCCAGGCAGCUCCUCACGCCGUGUGUGACUGUGAGCUGCGCAGAGCCGGUUAUGAUAAAAUCAGAUUACUGUCUUCUGAAAAGCCUGUGGGGUUCAGAGUUUCCAGGAUCCACAGCAGACCUGUUGGUUCAGGAGCAAGUCCGAGCCCGAGCCAACAAGGACAGGCAUUUUAAUGAAACUUCUAAUUCUUUGCUGAUGAAGCAAAGUGGAAUUGGGGCUUUACAAGGUGUUCUGUUCGCAGACCGCAGGAACACUAAGAAGAGGAAAUGAAACAAGCCUCUUGCUUUGUAAUGUCAGUCCAUCCACAGGGCAGUGGCAGCUGGGUGGUGGUCCCCCAUCAGUGCCUCCUGCUGGGUGCCUCGGCAGCCAUCCUGCAGCGGGUGGAAACACACGUGAGUGUGCUUCUGUCUGGUUUGGUGAGAGAGACCCGGCUGGCUCACAAUUUGUUAUCCGAUGCUAAUGUUUCCAUUGGGUAUUUUCACUUACUCUCUAAAGUUGUGUUGGGCAUUGUGCCCACUUUGCCAGCGAUAAAGCAGGCAGGGGGACGCAUCACACUGAAUGCAGCAAAGAAGAGUGGAAAGUGAGCACCCCAACUGAGUCACAAACCUGUGUGGGACAAAAAGCUCUCUUCCUUAUUUUUCCACUUGUUGCAUUCUCCAUGCAGGCUUUGAUUUCAUUCCCGUAUCUCUCCCUCUCUGUUGCACAUCACCUCUUGUCUGCCUGUCUUCUACAGAGAUGGCUCUCUCUGUAUUUACUUGAAAAUUAGCAAGGAUUCAGACCUGAAGACAUCACAGGUACUGCCGCUGUGUCCUUCCCUUGUAGCCUGAAAAAUACAGGAUAAAACCAAGCAGUGACAGAACUGAGUGGCCUCAGCACACCGGUGACCACACUGGCCUGCCCCACUGCCCGCCCAAGCAGCGUGUGGCCAGGAGCUGCUGUGCUGCUGCUGGUCUGCCUGGACACGGUCCCUCAGCCACCUCCCUGUCCUGAUGUGGCAGGUAUCCCCCAGUUCACAUGGGAGACAGCACGGAGGGCAUGUAGCGCAGGCAGAAGGAAGCCAGGCUGAGUGGGGAAAGCACAUGGAGGUUUCACCUACGGCUGUAGGUGCAGAGUGGCACAAAGAGGUGAACUUGCUCUGGUGACCCAUUACGGUCCUUCAUCUUUUGGAUGUCAGGGGGAAGUUCUUCACAGAGAGAGUGGUGAGGUGCUGGAAAAGGCUGCACAGAGAUGUUCAGUGGUUGUUCCAUCCCUGGAGGUGUUCAAGGCCAAGUUGGAUGGGGCCCUGGGCAGCCUGGUCUAGUACCAGACCUGGAGGUUGGUGGCCCUGCCUGUGGCAGGAGGGUUGGAACUUGAUGAUCCUUGGGGUCCUUUCCAACCCAAGCCGUUCUAUGAUUCUAUGAUUCAAAGCAUCGCCUGUGCUUUAAAGGCAUCCAGUGCUUCAGGUGCCUCCUAAUGAUAAUAUAUAGCAGUAACGUUGAGUAAAUUGUUCCUACCUACGAAGAUGUAGUUGCAUGUACAUCUCAUGCUCUUAAUCUGGAAGAGGCAUAGGGCAUGCUUAAGUAUGAUGCAGAUGAAUGUCCACAGGGGUUUCUAUACACAGCAAAAUCGAUGCAUUCAGGAGGAUAAGGAGUGAACUCAUGAAGGCCUACAGCUUCCUCCUGAGGGGAACUGAGGGGCAGGCACUGAUCUCUCUGGUGGCAGCGACAGGACCUGAGGGAACAGCACGGAGCUGAAUGAGGGGAGGGUCAGCUUGGGAGUCAGGAAAAGGUUCUUCACCAGAGGGUGUUCAGGCCUGGAACAGGCUGCCCAGGGCAGUGGGGAUGGCCCUGAGCUGGCAGAGUUCAAGGAGCAUCUGGACAGCUCUUUCAGACAUAGGGUUUGAAUUUUGGGUGGUCUUGUGUGGAGCCAGCAGUUGCUCUAUGACUUGUCAUGGAGAUGUUCAGGACCCUGGAGAUGUGGCACUGAGGACGUGGCUGCUGGGCAUGGGUUGGUUGGAUGUGGUGAUCUUGGAGGUCUUUUCCAACCUUUAUGAUUCUGUGAUCUAUGAUCCUUACGGGUCGCUUCCAACUCAGGAUAUUCUAUGAUACUCUGAACAUAGUUACAUUGCACUUGUAUUUUCAAACACCGUAUAGAGUGGUCUUUGAGGAGCUGGGCCUAUCUUUUUGUUGUGCUAGUGCUGCCUGGAUCAGGGAACCAAACCAGCAUUUUUUCACUGGGUUGGAUGUUGCCUAGAACAGCUCAGACUGCCAUGGGACUGCAUCCCUUAUGCUGGCCUCUUCACUCCCUUGAGGUAUAGACCUGAAGGUGGAGAGGGCCUGGGUGCUGCUCCUUGCGUUGUAGCCUGAAGUCAGGGUCAUACGUGCUCUGCCCAUCUCUCCUGAAAUUCCUUAAAGGUAGCACUGUGCACCAGGCUCAGGCUUUGAUUUGUGAUCAAACCUUUGGAGAGCUGUUGUAAUUCCUGUUCCGUGGACUCUUCCUGCACUGUCAGAAAUAUGCAAAAUCCUUCUUGGCUCGUUUUGUUUCAAAAUACGAAGCCUGGUUUAUUUUGAAUAGUUUUCUCAUUGAGUUCUCUGAAAGAAUUACAGCUGACAGAUUUCUUCUUUUGGCGUCGCUUCCAUUCACCUUACUGCAUACUUUCACCUUUCAGAGCUGACUCACUUUUUUUUUCUUUAAUAAAUGAACAGACGAGAUGAUACUUAAUUAAAACUCUUGGAGUGAAGGUGGUGAUCAUUAAAGGACGCUGAUGUAGAGGGUGAUCUCCUCUGUUUGUCCAUAGAAGUAAUCAGGUUUGAGCAGUGGGUGUUUUGCCACUGUCCUACCCAGGGAAACUGCAUCUAAAGCACAAGAGGUUAAUUAAUUCCCUGCUCCUUGGUCUCUCUUCCGAGACUGCCAACAAAGGUAGCAAUUACUGGUGUUAUCUCAAGGGAUGUUCUGUGAGGUGGAUAAUUGCGAGCUGUGAAACCCAGCUGAUACUUGGAGCAAAUUUCAUGCAGGCCAGAGAACACACGUGGCCUGGUCAGCGGUAAAAGAAAGUUGUUACCCAGACUAAAUUUGUGCUAAGACCUUGGGGCAAACGGCUCCGUAUCCAUUACAGAUCCCCUGAACCAGCCGGUUGUUUGAAGAAUUAGCUCUACCCAGCCGGAGCCAAGAAUGUGGAACGUGCCUUAAAGGGCAAGAAGAUCAACUGCUUGAUGAACUGCAGCUGAAACACUGAACACUUCACACUUGUGCCCCUGGAGAUGGAGCCCAAAGCUAACAAUCUUGUCUUCGCGUGUCAGCGAAGCUCAACAUCAGAUGACGACUCUGGCUGUGCCCUGGAAGAAUAUGCCUGGGUCCCACCAGGCCUCAGACCAGAGCAGGUACAGCUGUAUUUUGCCUGCCUGCCAGAGGAGAAGGUCCCUUAUGUUAACAGCCCGGGAGAGAAGCACAGGAUUAAACAACUUCUCUAUCAGCUGCCGCCCCAUGAUAAUGAGGUGAGAUACUGCCAGUCUUUAAGCGAAGAAGAGAAGAAAGAACUGCAGAUGUUUAGUUCUCAGCGCAAAAAGGAGGCACUCGGACGAGGCACUAUUAAGCUUCUCUCGAGAGCAGUGAUGCACGCAGUCUGCGAACAGUGUGGUACAAAAAUAAACGGCGGUGAAGUUGCAGUUUUUGCCUCGAGAGCUGGCCCUGGUGUAUGCUGGCACCCAUCAUGCUUUGUAUGCUUCACGUGUAAUGAGCUCCUCGUUGACCUCAUCUACUUCUACCAAGAUGGAAAAAUUCACUGCGGCAGACACCAUGCUGAGCUACUUAAACCUCGAUGUUCAGCCUGUGAUGAGAUAAUUUUUGCUGAUGAGUGUACGGAAGCUGAAGGUCGCCACUGGCACAUGAAGCACUUCUGUUGCCUUGAGUGUGAAACAGUCCUGGGUGGGCAGAGAUACAUCAUGAAGGAUGGGCGUCCAUUCUGCUGUAGCUGUUUUGAAUCCCUUUAUGCAGAAUACUGUGAGACCUGUGGGGAGCACAUUGGUGUUGACCAUGCCCAGAUGACCUAUGAUGGACAGCACUGGCACGCUACAGAGACUUGCUUUUCUUGUGCUCAGUGCAAGACCUCUUUGCUUGGCUGCCCUUUCCUUCCAAAGCAAGGGCAGAUCUACUGUUCAAAAACCUGCAGCUUGGGUGAGGAUGUUCAUGCCUCCGAUUCUUCUGAUUCAGCAUUUCAGUCUGCUCGAUCGAGAGAUUCCAGGAGGAGCAUUCGCAUGGGAAAAAGCAGCCGCUCAGCUGACCAGUGCCGCCAGUCUCUCCUCCUAUCACCAGCCCUCAAUUAUAAAUUUCCUGGUCUUUCAGGCAGUGCGGAUGAUACGCUUUCUCGUAAGCUGGAUGACUUAAGCCUUUCAAGGCAAGAGGCAAGCUUUGUUAACGAAGACUUCUGGAAAGGAAGAGUAGAGCAAGAAAUGCCCGAAGACCCUGAAGAAUGGGCUGAACAUGAAGACUACAUGACUCAACUUCUUCUGAAGUUUGGUGAUAAAAGCCUCUUCCAGCAACCUGCUGAAGUAGAGAUUAGAUCAAGUGAACACUGGAUUUCUGAUAGCAUGGUCAAGAGCAAGUUGGACUUGAAAAAAAAUAACCCAAGCCUAGCAAGUAAGAAAUAUCAAUCAGACAUGUACUGGGCCCAAUCCCAAGAUGGUUUGGGUGACUCUGCAUAUGGCAGCCAUCCAGGCCCUGCCAGCAGCAGAAAGAUCCAAGAGCUGGACAUGGAACACGGGGCAUCAGGAUACAAACAUGACCAGACACCGUGGUACGGAGGUUCACUUGAAUGUUUGUCUGAUCUGAAGCAGCAAGAACAAAGCGUUCGGGACUCAAUGGAUUCUUUGGCUUUGUCUAACAUAACAGGGGCUUCAAUGGAUGGAGAAGGAAAGCCACGGCAAUCUCUCUAUUCUUUACAAACUUUCCAAGAAUUGGAGGUAGAGGACUGUGAGAAGAUGAGCAACAUGGGAACUCUGAAUUCUUCAAUGCUCCAUCGGAGCACAGAGUCCUUGAAGAGUCUGAGCUCAGAGCUGUGCCAGGAAAAAGCAUUACCAGAGGAAAAGCCAGCGCAUAUGCCUGUACUGAGAAGAUCUAAAUCCCAGUCUAGACCGCAGCAAGUCAAGUUUUCAGAUGAUGUUAUUGAUAAUGGAAGUUACGAGAAUGUUGAAAUUCGACAACCUCCCAUGAGUGAAAGGACUCGUAGGCGCGUUUAUCAUUUCGAAGAACGUGGAAAUCGGCCUUCUCAUCAUCGCAGAAGAAGUAGGAAAUCUCGUUCAGAUAAUGCACUUAAUUUGGUCACGGAAAGAAGAUACUCUCCAAAAGAAAGGUUUCGUUAUUACUCACCUCAGGAUCACGAAAAAUUUAUUCAAAACAAAAGCUCACGUGAGUUUCGGGCCUAUAUUCAAAAUGCGGAACUGUAUGGCCAGUAUGCCCAUACUAGUUCUGAUUAUGCACUGAGGAAUCAGGCGGUUGAUAAAUUCUUUGGAUUAUAUGGUGAGGAAGAUGACUCCUGGUGCUCAACUUCAUCCUCAUCGUCAGAUUCUGAAGAGGAAGGGUAUUUCCUAGGACAGCCAAUUCCGCAGCCGCGGUCACUGAGAUAUCCGUACUACACAGAUGACCUUUCUGGUCCAACUACUGCGUUAUCGAGUUCUCAGUUUGGACAAAGGACAACCAAAUCAAAGAAGAAGAAGAGGGGGCACAAAGGGAAAAAUUGCAUAAUUUCUUAACUUGUUUUAACAGUUGGGAAGACCGGUCAACUCUAGCUACAGUUUGAACCACAUCUUUUUAUAUUAAUAACUGUACUUAGGCAAGUUGCUAAGGUUCUUAAUGCUUUGCCAGUUUAACUGAUAACCCAUUCAGAGUUUACAUUGUGAAAGUAAAGUAACAUUCGGAAAUGUCACUGUGCCAAAUGAGGAUCUGUUCAGAUUUCGGUAGGUUUACACACUGUGUGUCAGCUGUCAAAAUGUUGUUACUGUGUUCCUGAUACAGACUUUUUGUAGACGUUACUUUAUGCUCUCUAUUCACCUACAUCCAUUUACCUGAGAGAGAGGAUUCAAUGAAGAUCAGUGAAUAAAACUCAGUCCUGUACUGUAGCUGUACAUACCCAUACAGGGUGAUGCCCAGCUUCUCUCCAUCAAAUAGAUGGCUAUAGACAUUGCCCUCUCCUCACUGAUAAAACUCAUUCUUCCUCCUUGAUGUUUCCCUACAAAAACUGGAAUUAUUAUUAUUAUUUUUAACUUAGGAAGAAGCUGCUUUUCCAUAGAUUCCCCUGUUAAGGUGUUAAAAAUCAGACUGUGGGAGCUGAAAUGCUUGAGGCCUUGAUACAUCCCAAAGCAGCAGUAAAUGGUUUACACGUUUAACUUCCAUGUUUUUCCUUCCAGUUUUUGUUGUUUUUUUAAAAUAACUCCAUCCUGUGUAAGGUUUUUUUGUGCCUGUUAAAAGGAAGAUAUUAAUUCAGCUGUUGGAAUUGGAGUUGACUGCCAGCGAGCAGUGAUGGCUUUUAUGUCAUUUCCUCCACAACGAAGCACUGAAAGAGAAAGGUACAAAUGGUGGAAUCCUUUGCUCGGCACGUAACCCCAUUUAAGUCAAUGAAUCUACUUACAUAACAAACAGUUUCAUAAGGGCUUAAAGGAUUAGGCUCCAAAAUUGUGUCUUUUCAAAUGUAUUAUCCAGGUUUUAAAAUGUAUUAGUUGCGAUUCUAAAUAAAAAAAAAUUGCUAUUUAUAACGUAGUAUUUCAUAGGCUUAAAUGUAUUCAUAAUUUAACAGUGCAAAUACUAAUGUACAUAUUGUACAGUUAAGAUUUUUAAAAGCUGAAUAUUUUUAUAUCCCUGAAUUUGAAGAAGUUUGUUACGAUAUCGAACUAGAUUUGUUAGGGGUUUAACAGCAGCAUUAUGGAUGAAAUAGUGCUUGUAUUUUAGUCAGGGAGUUUAAAAAUAUUGAAAAAUGUUUAGUGCAAAACAGCUUAAUUUUGUCUACUAGGUAUUAAAAGCUCUGUAUGCAUGGCGGGGCUCUGUAAAUACUCUCCCAACUAUGGCCCUCUUAAUCUUGCAAGUGUUAUUUAUGGGUCAAGCAAAAUGUAAACUAUAUAAAUGUAAAAACCACACAAGCCUGGAAUAUAUCAGUACAACAAAUACGCAA